UCCCUCCGCCGCUCCGCUCCAACACAAAAUAGGGCCGCGUCUUCUCCUUUCUCCGCUUCUCGAGUGGGGUUCCCCAGGCAAAAGGUCCCCCCGGAUCUCGCGCCGGAGGCUUCCUGAAUCUCCACGACCGCUGCCGAGAUCUUGGGCUAGGAAAUAGCCCCUUCGCAGGAACCACCCUACCGGCCGAACAGGAGGCGGAGGGGGGGAGGCGGAGCGGCGCCGCGCUGCACUACUUUCCUCUCCGGUUGCAAAUGGCUGCCUCGUUCCCCACUUUCCGCUCAGUUUCCUGACCCCCCGGUGCCGGGAGCCGGGGUUGGGCCAUGCACCUCUAGGCCCCCCGCGAUCACAGCCAGCCGGGGGUCGAGGGGGUGCCGCCGAUCAGAGCCGGCCAGGCCGGGGGCGGGGCAGCUCCCGAGGCCAGAGGGGAAGGGAGGCGAGCGCAGGGCCUGGAGCGGCCGGAGGGGAGCGGGCAGAGGGCUCGCACCGCCCGCCCCUUCCUCUUCCUCGCCCACCUACCCUCCUCCCUUCCCCGGGGGGGAGCAGAAGGUGGGGGGCUCGAAGCCUCAGAGGGCGAGCGCUCGGGGUCGAGGAGCCCGGCGUUGGGUGUGUGUCAGGUUCAGCCCCGGCGGCCCCGCCGGCUCCGCGUCGCCGUAGCUCGCGCGGCCCCGGGGCGCCGGCCCGGGCGGGGAGAGGGGCUCGGCGCUCCAGCGAGGGUCUCACGUUCCAUCCGGGCCCGGCGCGGGGCGGCGCGGCAUUCCUUCCGGGCUGCUGGGGAGGCGCCUCGACGUUCCAUCUGGAGAGCCUCGACGUUCCGCCCGAGCCCGGCGCGGGCGGCCGGGGCGCUGGCCCGGCCCUAGGACUGAGAGGCCGCCCGGCGACGCGGAUGCGGAGCCUGCUCGCCCAAGAUCAAAGCCACCGGUGCUCUCUUUGUGUCCGCUCGGGCUUCGCCGCCCUGGGGCUGUCCAUGGAAACCUAAACUGCUGGAACCCGAGGCAGAGAACCCCUCUUUGGCUUCUUGCUGUUUUUGGGGGAGGAGGGUGGCCACUCCGACCUGGAUUUACCGUUCUUGGCCCCCCUAAGCCCCCCCGUGCGGGGGGCGGCUGUGAUCGCUCUGGCGGUUGGAGGUCGGGGAGCGGCCCGGGCUCUGGCCAUGUUCUCGGAUGAGGAUUUCUGGAUCGCCCUGUGAAGAGGUCUCCCCGAGAGGGCCCUGCCCAGUCGGAGAGAGGGAUGGACAGCCAGAAGCCGCCUGGUGAGGAUAAAGAUUCAGAACCGGCAGCUGAUGGACCUGCAGCCUCUGAGGAGUCAGGCACCACUGAGCCAGACCUUCCCAACCCACACGUGGGGGAGGUCUCUGUGCCCAGUUCUGGAGGUCCUAGGCUUCAGGAGCCUCCCCAGGACUGCAGUGGGGGUCCAGUGCGGCGUUGUGCUCUCUGUAACUGCGGGGAGCCCAGUCUACAUGGGCAGCGGGAGCUACGGCGCUUUGAGUUGCCAUUUGACUGGCCCCAGGGUCCAGUGGUGUCCCCUGGAGGGAACCCAGGGCCCAGUGAAGCAGCGCUGCCCAGUGAGGACCUGUCACAGAUUGGUUUCCCUGAGGGCCUGACACCCGCCCACCUGGGAGAACCUGGAGGGUCCUGUUGGGCUCACCAUUGGUGUGCUGCAUGGUCGGCAGGCGUAUGGGGGCAGGAGGGCCCAGAACUAUGUGGUGUGGACAAGGCCAUCUUCUCAGGGAUCUCACAGCGCUGCUCCCACUGCACCAGGCUCGGUGCCUCCAUCCCUUGCCGCUCACCCGGAUGUCCACGGCUUUACCACUUCCCCUGUGCGACUGCCAGCGGUUCCUUCUUAUCCAUGAAAACACUGCAGCUGCUAUGCCCGGAGCACAGUGAGGGGGCUGCACAUCUGGAGGAGGCUCGUUGUGCAGUGUGUGAGGGGCCAGGGGAAUUGUGUGACCUGUUCUUCUGUACCAGUUGCGGGCAUCACUAUCACGGGGCCUGCCUGGACACUGCUCUUACCGCCCGCAAGCGUGCUGGCUGGCAGUGCCCUGAAUGCAAAGUGUGCCAAGCCUGCAGGAAACCUGGGAAUGACUCUAAGAUGUUGGUCUGUGAGACGUGUGACAAAGGGUACCAUACCUUCUGCCUAAAACCACCCAUGGAGGAACUGCCUGCUCACUCUUGGAAGUGCAAGGCAUGCCGGGUAUGCCGGGCCUGUGGGGCCGGCUCAGCAGAGCUGAAUCCCAACUCUGAGUGGUUUGAAAACUACUCACUCUGUCACCGCUGUCACAAAGCCCAGGGAGGACAGCUUGUCAGUUCUGUUGCUGAGCAGCAGCCCCCUGUCNGGGAGGGGUUCUCACCCCCAGAGCCUGGCGAUAACCCCACUGAUGAGCCCGAAGCUCUGUACGUUGCAUGCCAAGGGCAGCCAAAGGGUGGGAACGUGACCUCUAUGCAACCCAAGGAACCGGGGCCCCUGCAAUGUGAAGCCAAACCACUAGGGAGAGCAGGGGCCCAACUUGAGCCCCGGUUGGAGGUCCCCCUAAAUGAGGAGAUGCCACUGCUGCCCCCACCUGAGGAGUCGCCCCUGUCCCCACCACCUGAGGAAUCGCCCACCUCCCCACCACCUGAGGCAUCGCGCCUGUCCCCGCCACCGGAGGAAUCACCCCUCUCUCCGCCGCCUGAGGAGUCUCCUCUGUCUCCUCCACCUGAAUCAUCACCUUUUUCUCCACUGGAGGAGUCACCAUUCUCUCCACCAGCGGAGUCACCCCCAUCUCCCCCACUCGAGACACCCCUGUCUCCACCGCCUGAAGCGUCACCCCUAUCCCCACCAUUUGAAGAAUCUCCCCUGUCCCCCCCGCCUGAGGAGUUGCCCACUUCCCCACCACCUGAAGCGUCUCGCCUGUCUCCACCGCCUGAGGAGUCACCCAUGUCUCCUCCACCUGAAGAGUCACCUAUGUCUCCACCACCUGAGGCAUCUCGUCUGUUCCCACCAUUUGAAGAAUCGCCCCUGUCCCCUCCACCAGAGGAAUCUCCCCUCUCCCCACCACCUGAGGCAUCACGUCUGUCCCCACCACCUGAGGACUCGCCCAUGUCCCCACCACCUGAAGACUCACCUAUGUCCCCCCCGCCUGAGGUGUCAUGCCUGUCCCCCUUGCCUGAGGUGUCACGCCUGUCCCCACCGCCUGAAGAAUCCCCCCUGUCCCCACCACCCGAGGAGUCUCCCACGUCCCCUCCACCUGAGGCUUCACGCCGAUUCCCACCACCUGAGGACUCACCCACUUCCCCGCCACCUGAAGACUCACCUGCUUCUCCACCACCGGAGAACUUACUCGUGACCCUGCCGCUAGAGGAGUCAUCCCUGUUGCCACUGCCUGAGGAGCCACGACUCUGCCCCCGGCCUGAGGAGCCGCACCUGUCCCCUCGGCCUGAGGAGCCGCACCUGUCCCCUGCACUUGAGGAACCAUGCCUGUCGCCCGCGCCUAAGGAGCUGCGUCUAUCCCCUUGGCUUGAGGAGCCACGUCUGUCCCCCCGGCCUGAGAAGCCAUGCUUGUCCCCUGCCCCUGAGGAGCUGCACCUGUCCCCUGGGCCUGCGGAGCCCUGUCUGUCCCCCCGGCCUGAGGAGCCAUGCCUGUCUCCCCGGCCUGAGGAGCCACGCCUGUCCCCCAUGCCUGAGGAGCCGCAGCUGUCCCCCAGGCCUGAGGAGCCGCGCCUGUCCCCCCGGCCAGAGGAACCGCGCCUGUCCCCCCGGCUUGAGGAACCGUGCCUGUCCCCCGUGCCUGAGGAGCCGCGCUUGUCCCCCCGGCCCGAGGAACCGCGCCUGUCCCCUCGACCUGAAGAGCCCCCUGAGGAGCCAGGCCUAUGCCCUGCACCUGAGGAAUUGCCCUUGUUCCUCCCACCUGGGGAGCCACCUUUAUCCCCCUUGCUUGGAGAGCCGGCCCUGUCUGAGCCUGGGGAACCACCUCUGUCCCCUGUACCUGAGGAGUUGCCGUUGUCCCCAUCCGGGGAGCCAUCCUUGUCACCUCAGCUGAUGCCACCAGAUCCUCUUCCUCCUCCACUCUCACCCAUUAUCACAGCUGUGGCUCCGCCGGCUCUGUCUCCUUUGGGGGAGUUAGAAUACCCCUUUGGUGCCAAAGGGGACAGUGACCCUGAGUCGCCGUUGGCUGCCCCCAUCCUUGAGACGCCCAUCAGCCCUCCACCAGAAGCUAACUGCACUGACCCUGAGCCUGUACCCCCUAUGAUCCUCCCUCCAUCUCCAGGCUCCCCAGUGGGACCAGCCUCUCCCAUCCUGAUGGAGCCCCUUCCCUCUCGGUGUUCUCCACUCCUGCAGCAUUCCCUGCCUCCCCAAAACUCCCCUCCUUCCCAGUGCUCUCUUCCUGCUCUGCCACUGUCCAUUCCCUCCCCGCUGAGUCCCAUGGAGAAGGCAGUGGAGGUCUCAGAUGAGGCUGAGCUGCAUGAGAUGGAGACUGAGAAAGUCCCAGAACCUGAGUGUCCAGCCCUGGAACCCAGCCCUACUAGUCCUCUUCCCUCCCCCAUGGGGAACCUUUCCUGCCCUGCACCCAGCCCUGCCCCAGCUUUGGAUGACUUCUCUGGUCUGGGGGAAGACACAGCCCCUCUGGAUGGGACUGACACUCCUGGUUCACAGCCAGAGGCUGGACAGACCCCUGGCAGUUUGGCUAGUGAACUUAAGGGUUCCCCUGUGCUCCUGGACCCCGAGGAGCUGGCCCCUGUGACCCCUAUGGAGGUCUAUGGCCCAGAAGGCAAGCAGGCAGGGCAGGGUUCACCCUGUGAAGAGCAAGAGGAGCCACGUGUACCAGUGGCCCCUACCCCACCCACUCUCAUCAAAUCCGACAUCGUUAAUGAGAUCUCUAAUCUGAGCCAGGGUGAUGCCAGUGCCAGUUUUCCUGGCUCAGAGCCCCUGCUAGGCUCUCCCGACCCCGAGGGGGGCGGCUCCUUGUCCAUGGAGCUGGGGGUAUCUACAGAUGUUAGUCCAGCCCGAGAUGAGGGCUCCUUGCGGCUCUGUACUGACUCGCUGCCAGAGACUGACGACUCGCUACUGUGUGAUGCUGGGACAGCUAUUGGCGGAGGCAAAGCCGAGGGGGACAAGGGGAGGCGGCGCAGCUCCCCAGCUCGUUCCCGCAUCAAACAGGGUCGCAGCAGUAGUUUCCCAGGAAGACGCCGGCCACGUGGAGGAGCACAUGGAGGACGUGGGAGAGGACGGGCCCGGCUAAAAUCAACUACUUCUUCCAUUGAGACUCUGGUAGUUGCUGAUAUCGAUAGCUCUCCCAGCAAAGAGGAAGAAGAUGACGAUGACGACACCAUGCAAAAUACUGUGGUUCUUUUCUCCAACACAGACAAGUUUGUCCUAAUGCAGGACAUGUGCGUGGUAUGUGGCAGCUUCGGCCGGGGGGCAGAGGGCCACCUCCUUGCCUGUUCCCAGUGUUCUCAGUGCUAUCACCCUUACUGUGUCAACAGCAAGAUCACCAAGGUGAUGCUGCUGAAGGGCUGGCGUUGUGUGGAGUGCAUCGUGUGUGAGGUGUGCGGCCAAGCCUCGGACCCCUCACGCCUGCUGCUCUGUGAUGACUGUGACAUUAGCUACCACACGUACUGCCUGGACCCACCACUGCUCACCGUGCCCAAGGGUGGCUGGAAGUGCAAGUGGUGUGUGUCUUGUAUGCAGUGUGGGGCCGCCUCCCCUGGCUUCCACUGUGAAUGGCAGAAUAGUUACACACACUGCGGGCCCUGCGCCAGCCUGGUGACCUGCCCUAUCUGUCACGCCCCGUACAUGGAAGAGGACCUACUGAUCCAGUGCCGCCACUGUGAACGGUGGAUGCAUGCUGGCUGCGAGAGCCUCUUCACAGAGGAUGAUGUGGAGCAGGCGGCUGACGAGGGCUUUGACUGUGUCUCCUGCCAGCCCUACGUGGUAAAGCCUGCUGUGCCUGUCGCCCCUCCAGAAUUGGUGCCUAUGAAGGUAAAAGAGCCAGAGCCUCAGUACUUUCGCUUCGAGGGUGUGUGGUUGACAGAAACAGGCAUGGCCGUGCUGCGAAAUCUGACCAUGUCACCCCUGCACAAGCGGCGCCAGCGGCGAGGACGGCUUGGCCUCCCAGGCGAGGCAGGGCUAGAGGGUGCUGAGCCCUCAGAUGCCCUUGGCCCUGAUGACAAGAAGGAUGGGGACCUGGACACUGAUGAACUGCUCAAGGGUGAAGGUGGCGUGGAACACAUGGAAUGUGAAAUGAAACUGGAGGGCCCCGUCAGCCCUGAUGUGGAGCCUGGCAGAGAGGAGACUGAGGAAAGCAAGAAACGCAAGCGCAAACCCUAUCGGCCUGGCAUCGGCGGUUUCAUGGUGCGACAGCGGAAAUCCCACACACGUGUGAAAAAGGGGCCUGCUGCACAGGCGGAGGUGUUGAGUGGGGAUGGGCAGCCCGACGAGGUGAUGCCUGCGGACCUGCCUGUUGAGGGCCCUGUGGACCAGAGCUUAGCUGAUGGGGAUGAGAAGAAGAAGCAGCAGCGGCGAGGGCGCAAGAAGAGCAAACUGGAAGACAUGUUUCCUGCUUAUCUGCAGGAAGCCUUCUUUGGGAAGGAGCUGCUGGACCUGAGCCGGAAGGCCCUUUUUGCAGUUGGUGUGGGCCGGCCGAGCUUUGGACUAGGAACCCCAAAAGCCAAGGGGGAUGGAGGCUCAGAUAGGAAGGAGCUCCCCACCUCACAGAAAGGAGAUGAUGGUCCAGAUGUUGCAGAUGAAGAAUCCCGUGGCCCUGAGGGCAAGGCUGAUACACCAGGACCUGAAGACGGAGGCGUCAAGGCAUCCCCAGUGCCCAGUGACCCUGAGAAGCCCGGCACUCCGGGUGAAGGGAUGCUUAGCUCUGACUUAGAUAGGAUUCCCACCGAAGAACUGCCCAAGAUGGAAUCCAAGGACCUGCAGCAGCUCUUCAAGGAUGUUCUGGGUUCUGAACGAGAGCAGCACCUGGGUUGCGGGACCCCUGGCCCGGACGGCAGCCGGACACCGCUGCAGAGGCCCUUUCUUCAAGGUGGACUCCCUUUGGGCAAUCUCCCCUCCAGCAGCCCAAUGGACUCCUACCCGGGCCUCUGCCAGUCCCCGUUCCUGGAUUCUAGGGAGCGCGGGGGCUUCUUUAGCCCGGAACCCGGUGAGCCAGACAGCCCCUGGACAGGCUCGGGGGGCACCACGCCCUCCACCCCCACCACCCCCACCACGGAGGGUGAGGGCGACGGGCUCUCCUAUAACCAGCGGAGCCUUCAGCGCUGGGAGAAGGAUGAGGAGUUGGGCCAGCUCUCCACCAUCUCGCCUGUGCUCUAUGCCAACAUUAACUUUCCCAGUCUCAAGCAGGAUUACCCAGACUGGUCUAGCCGUUGCAAACAAAUCAUGAAGCUCUGGAGAAAAGUUCCAGCUGCUGACAAAGCCCCUUACCUGCAAAAGGCCAAAGAUAACCGGGCGGCUCACCGCAUCAACAAGGUGCAAAAGCAGGCUGAGAGCCAGAUCAACAAGCAGACCAAGGUGGGCGACAUGGCCCGUAAGACUGACCGACCGGCCCUACAUCUCCGCAUUCCCCCCCAGCCAGGGGCACUGGGCAGUCCGCCCCCCGCUGCUGCCCCCACCAUUUUCAUUGGCAGCCCCACAACCCCCGCCGGCUUGUCUACCUCUGCGGAUGGGUUCCUGAAGCCGCCGGCGGGCACGGUGCCCGGCCCCGACUCGCCCGGUGAGCUCUUCCUCAAGCUCCCACCCCAGGUGCCCGCCCAAGUGCCUUCGCAGGACCCCUUUGGACUGGCCCCCGCCUACGCUCUGGAGCCCCGCUUCCCCACGGCACCACCUACCUAUCCUCCCUAUCCUAGUCCGACUGGGGCCCCCGCGCAGCCCCUGACGCUGGGCGCCUCAUCUCGUCCUGGGACUGGCCAGCCAGGGGAAUUCCACACUACCCCACCUGGCACCCCCCGACACCAGCCGUCCACACCUGACCCCUUUCUCAAACCCCGCUGCCCAUCACUGGACAACCUGGCUGUGCCUGAGAGCCCAGGGGUGGGGGGAGGCAAGGCUACCGAGCCCCUGCUGUCGCCUCCGCCUUUUGCGGAGUCUCGGAAGGCCCUAGAGGUGAAGAAGGAAGAGCUCGGGGCAUCCUCUCCUAGCUAUGGGCCCCCAAACCUAGGCUUUGUUGACUCACCUUCCUCGGGCCCCCACCUGGGCAGCCUGGAGUUAAAGGCACCUGAUGUCUUCAAAGCCCCCCUGACCCCUCGGGCAUCUCAGGUAGAGCCCCAGAGCCCGGGCUUGGGCCUAAGGCCCCAGGAGCCACCCCCUGCCCAGGCUUUGGCCCCUUCUUCCCCUAGCCACUCGGACAUCUUUCGCCCUGGCCCCUACCCUGACCCCUAUGCCCAGCCCCCAUUGACGCCUCGGCCCCAACCCCCACCCCCAGAGAGCUGCUGUGCCCUGCCCCCUCGCUCAUUGCCCUCAGACCCUUUCUCCCGAGUGCCCGCCAGUCCCCAGUCCCAGUCCAGCUCCCAGUCCCCAUUAACACCCCGUCCUUUGUCUGCCGAGGCUUUUUGCCCAUCCCCUGUUACCCCUCGCUUUCAGUCCCCUGAUCCCUAUUCCCGUCCACCUUCACGCCCUCAGUCCCGUGACCCAUUUGCCCCGUUGCAUAAGCCACCCCGACCCCAGCCCCCUGAAGUUGCCUUCAAGGCUGGGCCUCUAGCCCACACUCCUCUGGGGGCUGGGGGCUUCCCAGCAGCGCUGCCCUCAGGGCCGGCAGGUGAGCUCCAUGCUAAGGUCCCAAGUGGGCAGCCGCCCAAUUUCGCCCGGUCCCCUGGGACGGGUGCUUUUGUGGGCACCCCCUCUCCCAUGCGUUUCACUUUCCCUCAGGCAGUAGGGGAGCCUUCCCUAAAGCCCCCCGUCCCUCAGCCUGGUCUCCCUCCACCCCAUGGGAUCAACAGCCAUUUUGGGCCUGGCCCUACCUUGGGCAAGCCUCAAAGCACAAACUACACAGUAGCCACAGGGAACUUCCACCCAUCGGGCAGCCCCCUGGGAUCCAGCAGUGGGUCCACAGGAGAGGGCUUCGGGCUGUCCCCGCUACGCCCCCCAUCAGUCCUACCACCACCUGCACCCGAUGGAUCCCUCCCCUACCUGUCCCAUGGAGCCUCACAGCGGGCAGGCAUCACCUCUCCAGCGGAUAAGCGAGAAGACCCAGGGGCUGGAAUGGGCAGCUCUUUGGCGGCACCCGAACUUCCAGGUACCCAGGACCCAGGCAUGUCCAGCCUCAGCCAAACAGAACUGGAGAAACAGCGACAGCGCCAGCGACUCCGGGAGCUGCUGAUUCGGCAGCAGAUCCAGCGCAAUACCCUGCGGCAGGAGAAGGAGACAGCUGCGGCAGCUGCAGGAGCAGUGGGGCCCCCGGGCAGCUGGGGUGCUGAGCCCAGCAGCCCUGCCUUUGAGCAACUGAGUCGAGGCCAGACCCCCUUCCCCGGGACCCAGGACAAGAGUAGCCUUGUGGGGCUGCCCCCAAGCAAGUUGGGUGGCCCCAUUCUGGGGCCAGGGGCUUUCCCCGGCGACGACCGACUCUCCCGGCCACCUCCACCAGCCACCCCUUCUUCUAUGGAUGUGAACAACCGGCAACUGGUGGGAGGCUCCCAAGCCUUCUAUCAGCGAGCGCCCUACCCUGGGUCCCUGCCCUUACAGCAGCAGCAGCAGCAGCCACUGUGGCAGCAGCAGCAGCAGCAGCAGGCGGCAACAGCAGCAACCUCCAUGCGACUUGCCAUGUCUACUCGCUUUCCAUCAACUCCUGGGCCUGAGCUUGGCCGCCAAGCCCUAGGCUCCCCCUUGGCGGGAAUUCCCACCCGCCUGCCUGGCCCAGGGGAGCCAGUGCCUGGUCCAGCAGGUCCUGCCCAGUUCAUUGAGUUGCGGCACAAUGUACAGAAAGGACUAGGACCUGGGGGGGCUCCUUUUCCUGGUCAGGGCCCCCCUCAGAGGCCCCGUUUUUACCCAGUAAGUGAGGACUCCCACCGAAUGGCUCCUGAAGGGCUUCGAGGCCUAGCGGUGUCUGGCCUUCCCCCACAGAAACCCUCAGCCCCUCCGGCCCCUGAACUGAACAACAGCCUCCAUCCAAUGCCCCACACCAAAGGUCCCUCCCUUCCCACUGGCUUGGAGCUGGUUAGCCGGCCCCCCUCAAGCAGUGAGCUUGGCCGCCCUCCUCCUCUGGCCCUGGAAACUGGGAAGUUACCCUGCGAGGAUCCCGAGCUGGACGAUGACUUUGAUGCCCACAAGGCCCUAGAGGAUGAUGAGGAGCUUGCUCACCUGGGCCUGGGUGUGGAUGUGGCCAAGGGAGAUGAUGAGCUGGGCACCUUGGAAAACCUGGAGACCAAUGACCCCCACCUGGAUGACCUGCUCAAUGGGGAUGAGUUUGAUCUGCUGGCCUAUACUGAUCCUGAGCUGGACACUGGGGACAAGAAGGACAUCUUCAAUGAGCACCUAAGGCUGGUGGAGUCAGCCAAUGAAAAGGCUGAGCGGGAAGCCCUGCUGCGGGGGGUGGAGCCAGUUCCCUUGGGCCCUGAGGAACGCCCUCCCCCUGCUGCUGAUGCCUCUGAGCCCCGUCUGGCGUCGGUGCUUCCUGAGGUGAAGCCCAAGGUGGAGGAAGGUGGGCGCCACCCUUCCCCUUGCCAGUUCACCGUUACCACCCCCAAGGUAGAGCCAGCACCUGCCACCACUUCCCUAGGCCUGGGACUAAAGCCAGGACAGAGUGUGAUGGGCAGCCGGGACACCCGGAUGGGCACAGGACCCUUUUCCAGCAGUGGGCACACAACUGAGAAGAGCCCCUUUGGGGCCACGGGAGGACCACCAGCUCACCUGCUGACCCCCAGCCCGCUGAGUGGCCCAGGAGGGUCCUCCCUGCUGGAAAAGUUUGAGCUAGAGAGUGAGGCCUUGACCUUGCCCGGUGGCCAUGCAGCGUCUGGGGAUGAGCUGGACAAGAUGGAAAGCUCGCUGGUUGCCAGUGAGUUACCCCUGCUCAUCGAGGACCUGUUGGAGCAUGAGAAGAAGGAGCUGCAGAAGAAGCAGCAGCUUUCGGCACAGCUGCAGCCUGCCCAGCAGCAGCAACAGCAGCAGCAACAGCAGCAACAUUCCUUGCUGUCUACACCAGGCCCUGCCCAGGCCAUGUCUUUGCCACACGAGGGCUCUUCUCCCAGUUUGGCUGGGCCCCAACAGCAGCUUGCCCUAGGACUUGGAGGUUCCCGACAGCCAGGCCUGGCCCAACCCCUGAUGCCCACCCAGCCACCAGCACAUGCCCUACAGCAGCGCCUGGCCCCAUCCAUGGCCAUGGUGUCCAAUCAAGGGCAUAUGCUAAGUGGGCAGCAUGGGGGGCAGGCAGGCUUGGUGCCCCAGCAGAGCUCACAGCCAGUGCUGGCGCAGAAGCCCGUGGGUACCGUGCCACCUUCCAUGUGCAUGAAACCUCAGCAGCUGGCCAUGCAGCAGCAGCUGGCUAACAGCUUCUUCCCGGAUACAGAUCUGGACAAAUUUGCAGCAGAAGAUAUCAUCGAUCCCAUUGCAAAGGCUAAGAUGGUGGCUUUGAAAGGCAUCAAGAAGGUGAUGGCUCAGGGCAGCAUUGGAGUGGCACCUGGUAUGAACAGGCAACAAGUGUCCCUGCUAGCCCAGAGGCUCUCAGGGGGGCCCGGCAGUGAUCUGCAGAAUCACGUGGCAGCUGGGAGUGGCCAGGAGCGGAGUGCUGGUGACCCCUCCCAGCCUCGUCCCAAUCCACCCACCUUUGCCCAGGGAGUGAUCAAUGAGGCUGACCAGCGGCAGUAUGAGGAAUGGCUCUUUCAUACCCAGCAGCUCCUGCAGAUGCAGCUGAAGGUGCUAGAGGAGCAGAUUGGUGUGCACCGCAAGUCCCGGAAGGCUCUGUGCGCCAAGCAGCGCACUGCCAAAAAGGCUGGCCGCGAGUUCCCGGAGGCUGAUGCUGAGAAGCUCAAGCUGGUUACAGAGCAACAGAGCAAGAUCCAGAAACAACUGGAUCAGGUCCGGAAGCAGCAGAAGGAGCACACCAAUCUCAUGGCAGAGUAUCGGAAUAAGCAGCAGCAGCAGCAGCAACAACAGCAGCAGCAGCAGCACUCAGCUGUGCUGGCCCUUAGCCCUUCCCAGAGUCCCCGGCUCCUCACCAAGCUCCCUGGUCAGCUCCUCCCAGGCCAUGGGCUGCAGCCACCGCAGGGGCCUCCGGGCGGGCAAGCUGCAGGUCUUCGCCUGCCACCAGGGAGCAUGACACUCCCCGGACAGCCUGGUGGCCCUUUCCUCAACACCUCCCUGGCCCAGCAGCAGCAGCAGCAACAUUCUGGUGGGGCUGGGGCCUUGGCUGGCCCCUCGGGGGGCUUUUUCCCUGGCAACCUGGCUCUUCGAGGCCUAGGACCCGAUUCGAGACUUUUACAGGAGAGGCAGCUGCAGCUCCAGCAGCAACGCAUGCAGCUAGCCCAGAAACUGCAGCAGCAGCAGCAGCAGCAGCAGCAGCACCUCCUAGGACAGGUGGCAGUCCAGCAACAACAGCAGCAGAGCCUGGGCGUACAGGCAAACCAGGCUCUGGGUCCCAAGCCCCAGGCACUUCUGCCUCCCAGUAGCCACCCGGGCCUCUUGGUCCAGCAGCUGUCCCCACAACCACCCCAGGGGCCCCAGGGCAUGCUGGGCCCUGCCCAGGUGGCAGUGUUGCAGCAGCAGCAGCAGCACCCUGGAGCUUUGGGCCCCCAGGGUCCUCACAGACAGGUGCUUCUGACCCAGUCCCGGGUGCUGAGUUCCCCCCAGCUGGCACAGCAGGGUCAGGGCCUUAUGGGACACCGGCUGGUCACGGCCCAGCAGCAGCAGCAGCAGCAGCACCAGCAAGGAUCCAUGGCAGGCCUUUCCCAUCUGCAGCAGGGCCUGAUGCCACAUGGUGGGCAGCCCAAACUCAGUGCUCAGCCCAUGGCCGCCUUGCAGCAGCAGCAGCAGCUCCAACAGCAGCAACAGCAGCAGCAGCUCCAACAGCAGCAGCAACAGCAGCUCCAACAGCAGCAGCAGCAGCUCCAACAACAGCAGCUCCAACAACAGCAGCAGCAGCAGCUCCAACAGCAGCAGCUCCAACAACAGCAGCAGCAGCAGCAGCUCCAACAGCAACAGCAACAACAGCAGCAGCUCCAACAGCAGCAGCAGCAACAGCAGCAGCUCCAACAGCAGCAGCAGCAAUUUCAGCAGCAGCUCCAACAGCAGCAGCAGCAACAAUUACAGCAGCAGCAGCAGCAGCAGCAGCAGCAGAUGGGCCUCUUGAACCAGAGUCGAACUUUACUGUCUCCGCCGCAGCAGCCGCCGCAGCCGUCGCAGCAGCAGGUACCCCUGGGCCCUGGCAUGCCUGCCAAGCCUGCGCAACACUUUUCUAGCCCCGGAGCCCUGGGCGCCACCAUCCUGACGGGCAAGGAGCAGAGCAUGGUAGAGACGGCUCUUCCUCCAGAGGCCGCGGAGGGGCCGUCCAUACAUCAGGGGGCGCCGCUAGCCCUAGGGGCUGUUGCUGAGUCGGCGGCCACUGAACCUGGGGAGGUGAAGCCCUCUCUCUCCGGGGACUCGCAGCUCCUGCUUGUCCAGCCUCAGGCCCAGCCGCAGCCCAGCCCUGUGCAGCUGCAGCCGCCUCUGAGGCUCCCGGGGCCCCAGCAGCAGCAAAUGAACUUGCUCCACACAGCAGGUGUGGGAAGCCAUGGGCAAGCAGGCAGCGGCUCAUCCUCAGAGGCCUCAUCCGUGCCCCACCUGCUGGCCCAGUCCUCUGUUCCUUUAGGGGAGCAGCCUGGGACCAUGACCCAGAACCUUCUGGGCUCCCAACAGCCCCUUGGACUAGAGCGGCCGGUGCAAAAUAAUGCAGGGCCACAGCCUGCCAAAGCAGGGUCUGUCCCCCAGUCUGGGCCGGGGCUGCCCGGACCUGGAAUCAUGCCAACAGUGGGUCAACUUCGAGCGCAGCUCCAAGGAGUCCUGGCCAAAAACCCCCAGCUGCGGCACUUGAGCCCGCAGCAGCAACAGCAGCUACAGGCGCUCCUCAUGCAGCGGCAGCUGCAGCAGAGUCAGGCAGUGCGCCAGGCCCCACCCUACCAGGAGCCUGGGGCCCAGCCCUCUCCCCUCCAGGGCCUCCUGGGCCGCCAGCCCCAACUUGGGGGCUUCCCUGGAUCCCAGACAGGCCCUCUCCAGGAGCUAGGGGCAGGACUUCGACCUCAGGGCCCACCCCGGCUCCCCGCCCCACAAGGAGCCUUAGCCGCAGGACCGGUCCUCGGCCCUGUCCAUCCCACACCUCCACCAUCCAGCCCCCAAGAGCCAAAGAGACCUUCCUCACAGCCCCCUGGAGCCAGCCCUCUGGUCCCAUCCCAGCUCCCUUCUGAGGCCCAGCUCCCCCCCACCCAGCCAGGGAUCCCAAAGCCCCAGGGGCCAUCCUUGGAGCUGCCUUCUGGGAGGGUCUCACCUGCUGCUGCCCAGCUUGCGGAUACCUUCUUCGGCAAGGGGCUGGGACCUUGGGACCCCCCAGACAACCUAGUGGAAGCCCAGAAGCCAGAGCAGAGCAGCCUGGUACCUGGGCGUCUGGAGCAGGUGAACGGGCAGGCAGUGCCUGAGCCACCCCAUCUCAGCAUCAAGCAGGAGCCUCGGGAGGAGCCAUGUGCCCUGGGAGCCCAGGCGGUGAAGAGGGAGGCCAACGGGGAGCCAAUAGGGGCACCAGGUACCAGCAACCACCUCCUGCUGGCAGGCCCCCGCUCAGAGGCCGGGCAUCUGCUCUUGCAGAAGCUUCUACGGGCAAAGAAUGUGCAACUCAGCACUGGGCGGGGGCCCGAGGGGCUGCGAGCUGAGAUCAACGGGCACAUUGACAGCAAGCUGGCUGGGCUGGAGCAGAAACUACAGGGUACCCCCAGCAACAAGGAGGAUACAGCAGCAAGGAAACCUGUGACACCAAAGCCCAAGCGGGUGCAGAAGGCAAGCGACAGGUUGGUGAGCUCCCGAAAGAAGCUGCGGAAGGAGGACGGGGUCAGGGCCAGCGAGGCCUUGCUGAAACAGCUGAAACAGGAGCUGUCCCUGCUGCCCCUAACGGAGCCUACCAUCACCGCCAAUUUUAGCCUCUUUGCUCCCUUCGGCAGUGGCUGCCCAGUCAAUGGGCAGUGCCAGCUGAGGGGGGCCUUUGGAAGUGGGGCGCUGUCCACUGGCCCUGACUACUAUUCCCAGCUGCUUACCAAGAAUAACCUGAGUAACCCGCCGACACCACCCUCGUCGCUGCCCCCCACCCCACCCCCAUCGGUGCAGCAGAAGAUGGUGAAUGGCGUCACUCCAUCUGAAGAGCUGGGGGAGCACCCCAAGGAUGCUGCCUCUGCCCGGGAUACUGAAGGGACACUGAGGGAUGCUUCAGAGGUGAAGAGUCUAGACCUACUGGCCGCCUUGCCUACACCCCCUCACAAUCAGACUGAGGAUGUCAGGAUGGAGAGUGAUGAGGACAGCGAUUCUCCUGAUAGCAUUGUGCCGGCUUCUUCCCCCGAAAGCAUCCUGGGGGAGGAGGCCCCUCGUUUCCCUCAGCUGGGCUCAGGCCGGUGGGAGCAGGAAGACCGGGCUCUCUCCCCUGUCAUCCCCAUCAUUCCUCGGGCCAGUAUCCCAGUCUUCCCAGAUACCAAACCUUAUGGGGCCCUAGACCUGGAGGCCCCUGGAAAGCUGCCUGCCACAACUUGGGAAAAGGGCAAAGGAAGUGAGGUGUCAGUCAUGCUGACGGUGUCUGCUGCUGCGGCCAAGAACCUGAAUGGUGUGAUGGUGGCAGUGGCAGAGCUGCUAAGCAUGAAGAUCCCCAACUCCUAUGAGGUGCUGUUCCCAGAGAGCCCUGCCCGGGCGGGCAUUGAACCCAAGAAGGGGGAAGCCGAGGGCCCUGGAGGGAAAGAAAAGGGUCUGGGAGGCAAGAGCCCAGAAGCUGGCCCUGAUUGGCUGAAGCAGUUUGAUGCAGUAUUGCCCGGCUAUACCCUUAAGAGCCAGCUAGACAUCUUGAGCCUCCUGAAACAGGAGAGCCCUGCCCCAGAGCCACCCACCCAGCACAGCUACACCUACAACGUCUCCAAUCUGGAUGUGCGACAGCUCUCCGCCCCGCCUCCUGAAGAACCCUCCCCGCCGCCAUCCCCUUUGGCACCCUCUCCUGCCAGCCCCCCUGCCGAAGCCCUGGUUGAACUCUCGACUGAACCCUUAGCUGAGCCACCAGUCCCGUCGCCUCUGCCACUGGCCUCAUCCCCUGAAUCAGCCCGACCCAAGCCCCGAGCCCGGCCCCCUGAAGAAGCUGAAGAUUCCCGGCCCCCUCGGCUCAAGAAGUGGAAGGGGGUGCGCUGGAAGCGGCUGCGGCUGCUGCUGACCAUCCAGAAGGGCAGCGGGCGGCAGGAGGAUGAGCGGGAAGUGGCGGAGUUCAUGGAACAGCUUGGCACGGCCCUGCGACCCGACAAGGUGCCUCGUGACAUGCGGCGCUGCUGCUUCUGUCACGAGGAGGGUGAUGGGGCCACUGAUGGGCCUGCCCGCCUGCUGAACCUGGACCUGGACCUGUGGGUGCACCUCAACUGUGCGCUGUGGUCCACGGAGGUCUACGAGACCCAGGGCGGGGCGCUGAUGAACGUGGAGGUCGCCCUGCACCGAGGACUCUUAACCAAGUGCUCCCUGUGCCAGCGCACCGGCGCCACCAGCAGCUGCAAUCGAAUGCGUUGCCCCAGCGUCUACCAUUUCGCCUGCGCCAUCCGCGCCAAGUGCAUGUUCUUCAAGGACAAGACCAUGUUGUGUCCGAUGCAUAAGAUCAAGGGGCCCUGUGAGCAGGAGCUGAGCUCUUUCGCUGUCUUCCGCCGGGUCUACAUCGAGCGGGACGAGGUGAAGCAGAUCGCCAGCAUCAUCCAGCGGGGAGAGCGGCUGCACAUGUUCCGCGUGGGGGGCCUUGUGUUCCAUGCCAUCGGACAGCUGCUGCCCCAUCAGAUGGCGGACUUCCACAGCGCCACCGCCCUCUAUCCCGUGGGCUACGAGGCCACGCGCAUCUACUGGAGCCUCCGCACCAACAACCGCCGCUGCUGCUACCGCUGCUCCAUCGGCGAGAACAACGGAAGGCCGGAGUUCAUCAUCAAAGUCAUGGAGCAGGGCCUGGAGGACCUGGUCUUUGCCGACGCCUCCCCCCAGGCGGUGUGGAAUCGCAUCAUUGAGCCCGUGGCUGCCAUGAGAAAAGAGGCCGACAUGCUGCGGCUCUUCCCCGAGUACCUGAAAGGCGAGGAGCUCUUUGGGCUGACGGUGCACGCCGUGCUACGCAUAGCUGAAUCACUGCCUGGAGUGGAGAGCUGUCAAAACUAUUUAUUCCGCUAUGGACGCCACCCCCUGAUGGAGCUGCCACUCAUGAUUAAUCCUACCGGUUGUGCCCGAUCGGAGCCUAAAAUCCUCACACACUACAAACGGCCUCACACCCUGAACAGCACCAGCAUGUCCAAGGCCUAUCAGAGCACCUUCACAGGCGAGACCAACACCCCAUACAGCAAGCAGUUUGUGCACUCCAAGUCAUCACAGUACCGGCGCUUGCGCACUGAGUGGAAGAACAACGUGUACCUGGCCCGCUCCCGUAUCCAGGGCCUGGGGCUCUACGCCGCCAAGGACCUAGAAAAGCACACGAUGGUCAUCGAAUAUAUUGGCACCAUCAUUCGCAAUGAGGUGGCCAACCGGCGGGAGAAAAUCUAUGAGGAGCAGAAUCGAGGCAUCUACAUGUUCCGAAUAAACAACGAACAUGUGAUUGAUGCUACGUUGACCGGAGGCCCUGCCAGGUACAUUAACCAUUCCUGUGCCCCUAACUGUGUGGCGGAAGUUGUGACGUUUGACAAGGAGGAUAAAAUCAUCAUCAUCUCCAGCCGGCGAAUCCCCAAAGGAGAGGAGCUGACCUAUGACUAUCAGUUUGACUUUGAGGACGAUCAGCACAAGAUCCCCUGCCACUGUGGAGCCUGGAAUUGUCGAAAAUGGAUGAACUAAGAAGCUUAGAGGCUACCAGGCAGGGGAGUCCCCCCACCCCCAACCUCUUCCCUGAAAGGGAUGAGGGGGAAGAGAGGUAGCAGCCAGAGCCAGGACCCAGGGCUGGGGCUGCCGGCUGACCGGAGCCCCUGGAGCAGGAGGCUGGGGCAGAGGGCCCUAGGCCAAGCCCACCCUGGGCACCAGGGACAACCCUCUUCCCCGCCACCGGCCCCCAGGCUGGCAUCUCUGCCCCCAGCUCCAGGAGGGGCCAGACAGAAGCAGCCAUUGGGCAUCUCAGGUUUGAGGGGGAUAUGGGCCGGGAACUACCCAGAAGCAACUGGGAGGCAGCAGGGAGGGGGGAGGAGGAUGUGUGGCCGGGCCUCACAGCCCUGCUGCUCCCACCGACCUCUCCGGCCCAACUCAAGGCUGCAAAGAGACUUGACUAAGCUUGACAAUCCCAAAGGCCGGGUCCCACACCUGGCCCUGCCUGCCGGGUCCUGCCCCCACCCUCACUCCCAUCCCCUUCCCUCUCAAUCUGUCUCUGUCUCCCUCUUCUCCUCUGUGUUUCUGUCUCUCUAUGGGUUGUGUUUCCUUGUUUUCCACUCUGACAAAUGCAACAUGAACGGGAAAGAGGCGCCCAGCUGCCCAGGAGGGCAAGCCAGGCAAGCCGGGCAAGGAGACCCCGCACCCACACCUACCUCAUUUAAGUGUUGGAUUUUUUGCUGUUUUGAAAUGUGAGACCCUCUCCAAGCCCCCUACUGCCCCGACCCUCUCUUCCGCCUCACUGCCCUCUUCUGAGUGGGUGGAAGGGGGGUAGGAAGAGGAAGAAAAACAACAACAAAAAAUCCAUCUUUGUUUUUAAUUAUGGGCAUGGGAUGGUGGUUGAGGCUAAUGAUGAUGAAGAUUGGGGAUAACUGGCCCCUAGUUGCUCUAGGACUUCCUUCUCCAUCUGGACAUGGGGGCAGGAGGGGUGUGCUAAACCUAGGACCAGGAUAUCUCCCUCCUGUUUUCCCAACCCCAUCAUGAGCCCAUUUGCCCUCCAGCCCCUGGAUGGGGUGGGUGGGUGGUAGGGUGAGGGCUAUCCCUGAGUGGCAUGCCCAUACCCAGUGAGGCAGGGUGUGGCCCGGAGCUCCCACUUUCCCUCAGUCACCAAACUGCUGCUGGUCUGGUGGGAAGGGGUGGUGAUGUGGGGGUGGGGAGCUUAGUGUCAGCGCGGGGAGGGUGGGGGGUAUUUAUCUAUUUAUACAUGGGAUUGUACAUAGUCUUGUGGGGAAUGGGGGAGCCGGCUGGAGGUGAGAACCCUCCCCUCUCCCCCCACCCCCGGGGAGAGCAAAUGUAAAACUACUAAUUUUUGUGCUUUAUAUAUUCUAUAUAAAUAUAUCUAUUUUCUUUUUACAAAA